AUGUCUUCCAACCUCAAGCCACUUGUUCUGCACGCCCACGGCACGGGUCCCAAUCCUUAUAAAGUAGCGGCUUUGCUCGAGUUCCUAGAUGUGCCAUACGAAGUCAAGCUCUGGCAAUUUGGUGAUGCAGCCAACGGGGUCAAAGGAUCUCAGUUCCUCAAGAUCAACCAGAAUGGUCGGGUGCCUGCAGUGGAAGACCCCAACACCAAUGUUGUGUCUUGGGAGUCUGGUGCCUGCAUGAACUACCUGCUACGUGUCUAUGACAAAGAGAACAAGUUUGGUCCAAAAGGCGACUCUGAACAGGCCCACGUUGAUUUCGACAAGUGGAUCUUCUUCUUGGUCUCCUCUCUUGGCCCCAUGAUGGGCCAAGUGAACUGGUUCCGUCACUAUCACUCGCAGAAGAACGAUGAUGCCCUUAAGCGAUAUGAGGAGCAGGCAUACAGGACUUUUGAAGUUCUGGAAGGCCAGCUGAAAAGUCACGACGGUCAGUACAUCUUACCUGGUAGCACUAUCUCUGCUGUGGACUUGCAUUUCUAUCCGUGGGUCUAUCAGCAUGGAUUCGCGCAGCUCAGCAUCGAAAAUUAUCCUACAGUAUCCAAGUGGAUCCAGACCGUCGGUGGACUAGAGCAAGUCAAGGCUGCGUACAAGAAGCUGCCGGAAGGGAAAGAGAUGUAG